AUGGCGUUGGAGAGAGAAGGUGGGCGUGGGGCUAACCAGUUGAGGCCGAUAGACUGUACGCGUAACAUUCUCAGCCGCGCCCAUGGCUCUGCUAGCUGUUCUCAUGGGGAGACGAGGGUGCUUGCUGCUGUUUUCGGACCUAAAGCUGGGACAAAGAAGAACGAGAACCCGGAGAAAGCUUGCAUUGAAGUCAUUUGGAAGGCCAAAACUGGACAGUCGGGGAAACCUGAGAAGGAGCUUGAGAUGGUACUCAAGAGAACAUUGCAAAAUAUAUGCCUUCUCAACGUUCAUCCAAACACCACAACAUCAAUUAUAGUUCAGGUUGUCCAUGAUGAUGGCUCUCUUCUGCCAUGUGCUAUACAUGCUGCUUGUGCUGCUCUUGUAGAUGCUGGAAUCCCUUUGAAAUACCUUGCAGUCGCCAUAUCCUGUUGCAUAGCAGAAAAUGGACAGAUUAUAUUAGACCCUAGCAAGCUAGAAGAGCAGAAAAUGAAAGCGUUUGUGUGCUUAGCUUUCCCUGGUUCAGCUCGAUCCGUUGUACAUGAAGGGUCAGCGAAUGGAAUUAUCACAUCUGUUACGCGUGGUGUAAUGGCAGUGGAUGAUUAUUUACAGUGCAUAGAACAAGGACGAUCAGCAAUUACACCGCUGUCAAAUAUUCUUAAGAAGAAAUUGCAAUCACAAGCAACUGAGUGA